AUGGAUCCAUUCUCAGCAGAGGGCGAACUCAUCAACAUCCACAAUGCCUUCCUGCAAGGCCAAUACCAAGAAGUCAUAGACUUCAACACAUCCUCCUUCUCCCCCGAGAACAGCCUCCCCGCCCGAAUCCUACAGCUCCGCUCCCGUAUCGCCUUAGGCGAAACAGACCAGGCGCUUGCCGACGUCGAGGGCGAGGAGGAGACACCCGAGCUAGCGGCCGUCAAGGCUCUCGCGCAAUACACAGCUGGCGACGCCGACGCCGCUCUGCAAUUAGUCCAAGACCUCGUGGAGAACUAUCCGGAUAAUGCCACGGUGCAGGUUUUAGGGGGGACGGUGUUGCAGGGGCUCGGGAAGAGUGAGGAGGCGCUUGCGGUGUUGGCGAAGCAUCAGGGGAAUCUGGAGGCAGUCGCAUUGGUCGUCCAGAUCCAUCUUCAGCAGAACCGGGCCGAUCUUGCGCUCAAGGAGGUACAGGCUGCGAAGCGGUGGGCUCAGGAUUCCCUGCUGGUCAACCUGGCCGAGUCCUGGGUCGGGCUGAGAGUUGGCGGCGAGAAAUACCAGUCUGCCUUCUACGUCUACGAGGAACUCGCGUCGGCCGAUAGCACCUCAUCGCCCCUCUCGAUUGUCGGCCAGGCCGUCGCGGAAAUCCAUCUCGGCCGACUACCUGAGGCCGAAGCUGCGAUCUCGACCGCUCUUCAGAAAUACCCCAAUGAGGCUGGGCUGAUUGCCAAUUCAAUCGUGUUGAAUGUGUUGGCGGGGAAGCCGACGGAGGACUUGGAGAAGCGCCUCCAAGAAAUCGAGCCGUCGCAUGCCCUGCUCGCCGAUAUCCAGGAGAAGAGUGAAUUUUUCGAUACUGCUGCUGCCAAAUACUCCGCAAAGGUUUCAUCAUAG